GGCCACGCGAGUAGGAGGAAACCGGAGGAAACGAUUCAGUGUCGAGCUAGCCGCGAUUGCGUUUUGUUUCGUCAGCCGUCAUCGUCGUCGUCGUAGUAGUCGUCCUCAACAUCGUUGUCGUGAUUCCGAUGGAAUGACAUGAGCAGGACGUUUCGAUCCGUCCCGAUCGUAUCGUCCGAUUACGCGAGAUCUCCCAUAGGACGUGUAUUAACGGAACGGAGUGACCUGAUUAAUGGUCCGAAGAGGACGACCUCGAAAACGUUCCGCUUAGAACCGCUUAGGACCUAUUUGAAGGCGACGGUGAAAAAUUGAUUCGCGACUUUCAACAACGAACGCGUUAAUUUAUCCGAUUCUACGCGGAAGUUUACGGGCGAUAAAUGUUUCUGGUAAAGGAAGCUGCGAUUAACCGACGCGUUUAUCGUCCUCGGUUUCCGCCGAGUCGAAAUGUAAAUCUUGCGGUGAGAUAUUAUGAGCAUUAGGACAGCUAAUUACUUUGAUGACAGAGCAAGAAGCAGCUCGCGAUUCAGGAGAGGCAGAGGAAACGACGAAACAGCCGACACAUGUAGCAUUCGGGCAUCGGUAUAAUGAAGCCGUCCAUGAAGAUGGGAGUGAUCGCUUUGAUAGGGAUCUGCGUAGUUUUUUAUCAGUAUCACCUGUCCACUGGUGUUACUUUCGAUCAAGUAACGGCCUUCAAUGCGGACACUUCCGCAGAAGACGCCGGGGAUUUGCCGAUCGGUGAAGAAAGCGAUAACUAUAGCAAAACCCCGAGGAUUUCCGAGGACAUGAUUCGGUAUGCAGUGUACCGGGUACAAAUUACAAACGGCCUGAGUCCGGAAAUCAGCUCGAUGCUCGUGCAAGAGCUUAUCAGUCAGUUAAGUAAAAAUCUCUCGGCGGCCUCCAGAAAUAAUUCCAAGCUUUCGCCUUUGCAAUCGCAACCGCCCGCAAUGACAAUGACACAUAAGACGGUACCGCCGAAUCCUCUCGAAAAAUCCCCCGAGGAAACCCUCUAUAUUAUCACGCCGACAUAUCGAAGACCCGAACAAAUUCCCGAACUCACGAGGAUGGCGCACACCUUGAUGUUAGUAAAAAAUGUGCACUGGCUCGUUAUCGAGGAUGCUACCGUCGCUACUAAGCAAGUUACCAAAUUAUUGGAACGAACGGGCUUAAAGUUCGAUCAUUUAAUCGCUCCGAUGCCGGAGAAAUAUAAACUCAAGAAAGGUGCAAAGCCGCGUGGAGUGUCCAACAGAAAUCGCGGUUUGCAGUGGAUCAGAGCGAACGCCACGAGAGGCGUGUUCUACUUCGCCGACGACGACAAUACUUAUGAUAUUGAGCUUUUCGACGAGAUCCGUAAGACGAAGACGGUGUCGAUGUUUCCGGUGGGAUUAUGCACCAAGUUUGGACUGAGCUCACCCAUCCUGAAAAACGGCAAGUUUGCCGGAUUCUACGACGGCUGGGUGGCCGGACGGAAGUUUCCGGUGGACAUGGCCGGGUUCGCCGUGAACGUUAAGUUCCUACAUCAGCGGCCCAACGCCAGUAUGCCGUUUCGCGCGGGUUACGAGGAGGACGGCUUCCUGAAGAGCCUGGCGCCGUUCGAGCCGCGGGACGCCCAGCUUCUGGCGGACAAUUGCACCAAGGUGCUCGCUUGGCAUACGCAGACUAAAAAGAACGAGCCGAGCGCGGCACUGGACAUGAAGCUGUACGGCGCGACGAAUCUGGUUAAGCUCAAGCAGCAGAUAGUAUGAUGCCGGUCGGCGCGAUGACGAAAAACGCGAGGACUCGUAUCUGAAUCUUGUGUGAUCCCGCCGCCCCUCCUUCGCACUAGUUCAUCGGAUAUCACACUCCAAGGGAAUUCCUAGGUGCGGAAAACUGUGCGAUUCAGUGCCUAAAGUAUCUGCCCUCUCUCUCUGUCGGUGAGAGCGGGACUGUUAUUAUUACCUUUAAGCGUAGUCAGUAAAAACGAUCGUUUUUUUAUCAGCUUUUACACAUCCGCAACUAGUUUAUCCCGAAGAUGGUUCGUCCUUACAAUUAGUUUGAGAAAGGAAACUGCGGGGGGGAAUAAUAGGAUCCCGAGUAAGGCUUUAGCCGUAAUGAUAGAAAUUUACGCUUAUGUUAAAAAGUUCAAAAUCGUUUCCCUUUUUUAUUUUCUAAUAUUUUAGUUUGGUAAAAUAUUAACGCGAAAAGAGAGCCGAAUUUUUUCGUUGGAAUGAAUAAUCAACGAAAAUACAAGAUAGAUUAUUGAUCGAAGGUUGUGCGGUUUCGAAUCAUUUCUAACGCGUAUAAAUAUGAGAAGUCGCACAUUCUGUAGAUGAACGACCAAAGAAAGCAAACGGGUCACUCGUAAUGCUAAGCUCUUAUUAUUUUUAUUCUACCUGAGGGAUUCAUCCCGCGAAGAUUCUAUAAAUAUAGAUUGUCUGUUCUAUUCCAUUAUAUUCCAUUAGCGAUGUUCCAUUCCCAAACUUGCUCUUGUACGAGACGUGAGAUCAAAGAUGAUUUGACCAAAAAGAGUGAAAAUAUCUAAAUCGAUCGCGUGAUUCUACUUUCGAGUAAUUUUAUGCUCCUCAGAUUCACGGUUGAUCGAUCUCUCAGCUCGUGAACCGUUUAAUGUAGUUACCACGAUGUUUAACAAUCGUUAGAUUGUCAUCUAAUCCUGCCCCGUCUCUUUACGCGAUUAGCAAGUAUAGAUGAUUACGAGGUAGUUAGAGCAAGUCCCUUAAUAAGAAUUCUUCGUAUCUUCAAAAUAUUACAGAAGAAUAAAUUCAAAGCGUGAAAAUGUACACAAAUGAAAAUUGAAAUUUAAUGCUUUAAAGUUUGUCGAAAAUGAUUAGGAUUACCACUUACGAGGACUUCUGAUCAAGGAAGUCUCUUUGAUAGAUAUUUCCGAUUGGAAAAUAUGAAGUUUGGAAUGCAUGAGAUAUACAUAUUUCAUUAAAUAUUUUUUAUUACUUGUAUAACUUUCUUUAGGUACAUUUUCUUAUAUUUUUUAGGAACCGCGCGGUUACAAUACGAAUCUAAAUAAAAAAAAAAAGAUAGCAGAACGCAACUGCAUAUCGUUAUUAUCCGAAUAAAAUCAGAAGAAUCUGAAAAGUUAAUUUAUAUGUCUGAACAUACGUCAACAAGAAUGUUUAUGUACGCGACAAAUGUUAUUUGCUACAAGUAUUCUCGCUUGUAUUUGACUGAAGAGGAAUAUUUUCAAUUAUCGAAACAUGCUCUUUCAUUUCCAUUAUCGAUUAUAAUGUUUAUUUUAUUAUAACAAAUAUAUUUGUUUGUUUAUUAUAUUGUGAGAUUAUAAGCAAAAUAACGGAUUAUAAUCAAACAGCGUUGCGUUAUCAACAUAUGUGCGUGUGUGUCCGUAGGAAAUAUGUACUUCCUAGAAAAACAUAAUAUUGAAAAAGCUACAUUUGACUUCUUGCACAAUAUAGUUCGCGUGAAUCGCGCUUUUAAAGACCCGAUCUCUUUUAGAAUUAAAAAAAAAAAAAAAUAAAUAAAAAAUAAAAAAAACUAGGAAAUAAGAAAGCUAUAUACCGAGCAGAAUCCAAAGAAUCUCAUACUAAUCGUCUGAAUGGCGAUCGUGAAAAAGGAUCGAAGUAUCGAAUCAUGAAAAGAGAUAAAUCUCUUUUUUUGUGAAUAUAUACUUCUGUUACUAUAACAUAUCGCUAUAAAAAAAUUCGACCAAUACUGGAUCAGAUAUAUAAUUUCCUAUAACUUUUUUCUCGUAUAUAUAUUACAUUACGAAAAUUUAUUUAAAAAUAGAAUGACAUAGUUAUUUUAAACGAGACAACUCUCGUGUUUUAUAAUUUAGUUUUAUAAAGUCAUUGGUUAGAAUAUUAAUCAUCGAUCGGCUUAAUUAAUUAAUUCUUGGAUAUUAGGAGUGUUCUGCUGUACAAAUGUGUUAAAAAGCUAUGAUAAGAUAUAAAAAGAGAUUCAUUUGUUGUUACAUUUCAUAUCCUCUCUUAUAAUGUUAUUUAGUAUUUAUCUAGUAAUAUUCUCGAUCGAAGGUCUUUAAAGCGACAUUGAAAAAUUUCAUGUUAUUUAGUUAAAUCAGAGUGUUGAUGAUAGAUUUAAUCUAAUCAAUCACAUCUCUUUUGAGAGAAGCAUAAUUUUUUUCAUGACGCUUUGAUUUUCCGGCGCAAUCUACUUCAUCUACUCUAAUGUGUGAUGCUUUAUAGCGAUAGACUCCAGCGCGUGAAUGAUAAUUUAUCGCUAGAGCGUGAACUAUAUCGUGUCAUUAUGACACCAAAACUCGAGAAACUAUAUACAUAUAUCUACGCGUUAAAAUUAUACUAUCUUGAAAUCGAUUAAAUGUCGAAUGCGGAAUGCGGUAAGAUUACUCCCACAUCACAUAUCCUGCUGGAAUGUGCGGAGGUUUGUGUACAGAAGAUAUUUACGUUCCAGAUUAAUUUACAUAUGGAUAGAGUUCGCGCAAUAAACUCAACAAGCAAUAUGUGCGAUUUUCGCGCGAUUAGAUUGUAGAAAGAGAGAGUGAGAGAGAUGAAGAGAGAGAUGAAUGAUUAUCUUUGUUUUAUUAGAAGGCUGGAAAUAUGUAGGAAGUAAAAUGUCUUAGUUUUAAUUUCAAGAAACCUUAGAGAGUACUUAACGCGUUGAUUCGAAACUGUUUGUGAUAUACGAUUGUAUCGUUUCAAAACAUUGGUUAAAAUGACAAAGGCAAGCCGCCGAGGAUGUCUCGUCGCAAAUAAUGCUCAAAGUUCCGGCAAUUCAGACGCCGCAUAGUUACAAUGUAUAUGCGUCAGAAAAAAAUGUACAUACAACUUUUUAUUUCUAAAAAAAAAAAAAUUAAGUUAUAUAUACCCGUAUUCCAUGUAGAUUCGCAAGAAUUGGCGGCCACCUUAACGAAAAACAAAAUCUAUUAUAUUCAAAUUAUCUUUUUUUUCUCAAUUUAAUAUAUGUAUACAAAUUCUCAGAGAAUAUAAUGGUUCAAAAUCGUUUUGCUAAUAUUCGUCCUUUAUUUUUAAGGAUAUUUCACCUGGUAUCACCUGGUUUUUGUUUUGUUUUAAGAGCAUACAUAAUCCUUUAUUGUGAAUAAAAAAAAUAUUUCCUAUAAAAUGAAAAUAUGCGGUAUCUUUUAUACCGUCGCACAUAACAUUUAUAUUCGCUGAGAAAACGAUAUUAUGAUAAAAAUAGUGAUUUACGAAGGAGCAUAAUAAAAAUAAGGAAUACAAAAAAUUUUUAGUCAUCAGGAAUACGUUUAAUAUAUUAUAUAUUGAUGAUACGUGUCGCAAAUCUGGUGACAAAUUGUUACUGUACAAAAACAUUUAGCAGUAUUGCCAUAAGUUUCAUCUAUGAACAAUAAAUUAUUGUUCGUCGAAA